AGAGCCGCGGGUCCCCCGGCACGGGUUGGGGACGCUCCUUCCCGCCGCGCGGCCCUGAGGGACCUUCCCGCCCUGCGCUCGGAGAGGGCUCGCGGCGGGAAGGCCACUGAGGGGACUCCGCAAGGCAGCGGGGCCGCAGCAGGGAGAGCCCCGUUCCGCCCGGGGAGCCGGGGCCUCCGCCCGGAGCGCGGGGGCUGCCGCCGGCGGGGACAGUGUGUGUGGGGGGAGCGGAGUUCCCGGCGGGCCGGCCGCCUCCCCGCCCUCCCUCGGCGGCGUGAGUGAGCGUGUUUGGGAGGGAAGGAGGGGGUGGAAGCCGGGCCGGGGCGGCCAGCAGGCAAUUUGCAUGAGAGACAGACUGGGAAUGAACUGGAGUGGGCGCCUCUCCGCGCACACAGAGCGGGGCAGGAGGGGGAGGAGGGAGCUGCCGCCGCUGGGGAGAGGCGGCGAACUCCGCGCAAAGUUUGGUGCCGCGGGCCCGAGGCGCUGAGACACCGGCGGGGAGAACGAGCGGAGCGGCGCCGGGCCAGGCCGAGCCACCGCCGCCCGGGGCCGGGCUUUGUGCUGCCCGCGGCGCGGCGGGGCCUGCGCGGAGCGGAGCGUGGGGCGAGCGCGGAGCCAGCGGCGGGGCGCUGCCGGCCCUUCGCCGGGAGAGCCAGCAUGUCCUCCAUCCUGCCUUUCACUCCUCCCAUCGUCAAGCGGCUCCUGGGCUGGAAGAAAGGGGAGCAGAACGGGCAGGAGGAGAAAUGGUGCGAGAAGGCGGUGAAGAGCCUGGUGAAGAAGCUGAAGAAGACGGGCCAGCUAGACGAGCUGGAGAAGGCGAUCACCACGCAGAACAUCAACACCAAGUGCAUCACCAUCCCCAGAUCAUUAGAUGGCCGGUUGCAAGUAUCUCACCGGAAAGGUCUUCCUCAUGUGAUCUACUGCCGGCUGUGGCGGUGGCCAGACCUUCAUAGCCACCAUGAGCUGCGAGCCAUGGAGAUGUGCGAGUACGCCUUCAACAUGAAGAAGGAUGAAGUCUGUGUGAAUCCUUAUCAUUACCAAAGAGUGGAAACCCCAGUGUUACCUCCAGUGCUGGUGCCUCGGCACACAGAGAUCCCAGCCGAGUUCCCGCCGUUAGACGAUUACAGUCACUCUAUUCCAGAGAACACUAACUUCCCAGCAGGUAUCGAGCCACAGAGCAACUACAUUCCAGAGACACCUCCUCCAGGCUAUUUGAGUGAGGAUGGAGAAACUAGUGACCACCAGAUGAACCCCAGCAUGGAUGCAGGUUCUCCAAACUUAUCACCAAACCCUAUGUCUCCAGCACACAAUAAUCUGGAUUUGCAGCCUGUUACCUACUGCGAACCGGCUUUCUGGUGCUCGAUAUCCUACUACGAACUGAACCAGCGCGUGGGAGAGACUUUCCACGCCUCCCAGCCCUCGAUGACCGUGGACGGUUUCACUGACCCGUCGAAUUCAGAACGUUUCUGCCUUGGUUUACUGUCCAACGUGAACAGAAACGCAGCAGUGGAACUCACCAGGCGACACAUCGGCAGAGGAGUGAGACUCUACUACAUCGGCGGCGAGGUGUUUGCUGAGUGCCUUAGCGACAGCGCCAUUUUCGUCCAGUCUCCCAACUGCAACCAGCGCUACGGCUGGCACCCAGCAACAGUCUGCAAGAUCCCACCAGGAUGUAACCUGAAGAUUUUUAACAACCAGGAGUUCGCGGCUCUGCUGGCGCAGUCAGUGAAUCAGGGCUUCGAAGCCGUGUACCAGCUGACCAGGAUGUGCACGAUUCGGAUGAGCUUCGUCAAGGGAUGGGGAGCAGAAUACAGGCGGCAGACGGUGACCAGCACUCCCUGCUGGAUCGAGCUGCAUCUCAACGGGCCCCUGCAGUGGCUGGACAAGGUCCUGACGCAAAUGGGCUCCCCGAGUAUUCGUUGUUCCAGCGUCUCCUAAGGAAACGGCUCCAGGGGCGGGUGGGGGGAACAGAGACUCUGGAAAAUGGAAUUGGCUUAACCCUUAGCAAAAUGCAAAGUGCAUAGCAAACAAAUUCCCCAUUAUCGAAGUGAUGAGAAAAAAAAAAUCUGCCAAACAGAAAGAAAAGGUGGGUUUUCCUUUGCUUUUUGUUUUUUUUUAAACUAAAUAUUCAUUUAAGCCACUUCCACUGAAACUGUCAGCACUUUGGUUACGAUGCUACGGGCCAUUUCAGUUAGAACUUGAAGCUGAAGUUUAUCGUGAUGCAACACCUGGGCUUGGUUUCAGCGUGUCGGGCUGUGUGGCCGCUGGGAGGACACAGGACACACGGACACUUGGGGGAAACUUCACAUUUGCGUCCCACAACUCCAGGCUCAUGUCACACAGCAUCGCUGGAAAGACAAAUACGUUGGGAUGACGUUGCUCAUGCGUCCCCGUCUCCAUCCACCUGCUCCUCGCCGGAUUGCAGCAGCGGGGGAAAAGGAAGCAUUUAAAGCACACGAGAACUAAUUCACCCAGAAAUGUUCCCAAAAGGAAUGAAUUUCCCCCACUGGGCUACAAAGGAGGAGGCAGAGUCUUCCGGGAUGCAGCUCACGUUCUCAGGCUGGAUCAGCGUGAAGCAAAAGGCCCAACUUAAAGCUCCUUCUGCUGUUGCUGCAGCGAGUUUUGCUGCUCGCAAACAGACGUUUGUUGCAUGGGGAGCUCUGCCCGGAUGAGUUAAACCUUCGCUGUCAUGCGGUCUAUUUGCAUUAACUACAGAAAGUUUGUGUUUUGUUUUCUCAGCCUGUCGAGCGGCAUCUGCCGCUUGCUGAACUCCGUGGCCAGGUCUGGCGCUGGGAGCGCGCAGGCCCUGCUGCCCUUUGCAGAACAUGCCGCGUGACGUCGGCAGGUCAGAGUGCGCCUGAACCAGCACAUCUCCGACACAGACCCGCUGCUUACCCCCGAUUUCAGCUGGUGGAAAUGCUCUGACAUGUGGGGGUGUUUUGCCUGGAGAAAUUGGGAGAGUUUUGUAUUUGCUUGUAUUAUAAAAUGUUCAUUUUCAAUAGACGUGCUCCAGCCUGUUUAAUAUUAUUUUUUCCCUGCAGCAGCUGUCAUGGCAAACAACUCCCACAACUGGAAAAGUCCCCUGGCACUUGUUUUCAUGGUUCAAAUUUGCCAAAUAAGUCUCAUAACUUUGUCAGUGCUAUCCAGUUAUCUGUUUCUUUACACCUGUAUUGAAUAUCACGUGUGUUUGUGCCAAAAUAUUAGAAGGGGGAGAGGAGAUAAUGAGUUUCCUAUGGAAAUCUUUUUUCACAUACAAAAUGCGAUCACACGAGCUGGUUUUCUUCCCGAAACAAGACAUGUCAUUUUGUGUGUGAAAUUUGAAUUCUGAGGGAAGACUUUUGGUGGUGGUUUGUGCUCCUGAAUGACACGGGCACUCUGGAAUCGCCUCUGGCAGCAUUUUGACGGGAGGUUUCCCGUGGCUGGGAUCCCAGCGCUGCAGCUUUUCUAGGAUUCUUUAAAUUUUAGUUUAGUUUUUGCAACGUGUCCGGUUUUAGUUAAAUCUCUGGUUGCACGGACUUGUGCAAUAAGAUCAUCUGUAUAAAACAGGAUUUCCUACCCACUUCAACAGUAGGUCUGUCGUCGUGGGGUGAUUUGGCUCAUACUGUCAGAUAGAGGUUUCUAACGCAGUUGCAAACAAAAAUUGAUCCCGACUUUUGUGGAGGUAUUUGACUUGCUGUUUUAGUGAGACAGGGAGUCAAACCUGCCAUGUGAAAUGGCCCGAGUUUCCUCCCCCAGUUUCUUUAAGUCACAUUUGCUUAUUUUAAUGGACAAACUGUUUAUCUCCAUACCAGUGGAGGACACUGGACUCUGUGGUGCCUUGUGCGUUAGCAGCAACAUCGAAAUCUUAAAUUCCUGUGUCGGUGUGAGCAGGACCCGGCCUGACCUGGAAUAAACCCCAACUUUAAUACCGGGUUUGCACACAAAACCACCUCCUCAGCCAGACUAAGAAUUGGACCGGGAUUUUCUCUAUCAAUCAGAUUUAUAUCUUCUACUUGAGACAGAAUAAUGAAUUGCCAACUGUUAUUAGUAGAUGCCUUUUGAAAAAGAGGAUUGAGAUGAUACAUAAAAACUGUGGACAAUCUCACCUCAUCAUCCUGUAGGUAAAACGAUUUUGAAUGGAAAAUGUAAGCGGGUCGAGCAGCACCGUUAGAGAAAAUUUAGAUUGUCUCCACUAAGUAUGAAUUUCCUCUCCUCCCUUUGUUCUCUUUCUCACUGAUUCAGACAAGCUUUAUAGUUUCCCAGGUUCCUUUAUGAAGUGAACCGGAAGGCGCUGAGCCCUGCGCCCAUGACAAGCUGGAGGUUGGGGACGGGCUGCGGCCCGGGGGACGUUUGGGCUGUUUCCUUCUGCGUUGCGCAGUUGAUUGUUCAGAUGAAAGCGAAUUCCCCCGCCAGAUCUGAAAAUUGCUCAAUGACGCCGUUCCCGUGGACACUAACGAAGAUUCGGCCGUAGAGGUGCACAUGGCUUCGUGGUUUUACUUUUUUUUCUAAAACUUUAUAAAAGUAGCUUUGAUAUGUAGCACAAGCGUAUGCUAUCGGCCCUGCCCCGCAUUGCCUACCUGUACUGGAAUAACUUCUCAUUUCGUGGUAGUCUUGGCUCGUUUUACAUACAUUUUUGUUACUAGUAGAGAGUCACUAGCAGGAACUUUGACUCUUUUUAAGUGGUGUAGCCGACACAAGGGCCUGGCUGCUGGCAGAUGAUUUUGUUGGCCUUGUGGUUUUAAAUAACUGUGGUGAUUUAUUUUUUUUUUUUUUACUAUUAUUAAUGUAUUGAACCGAACUGCAGUUUGUAUUUUGUGUUAAACUUGUUUUAGGAAUAAUCCAGUGCUGUCCAUUUGAUUUAAUCGCCAGGAAUCAUCAUGUAGUUGUACAAAGACGGAGAAAUCUAAUGAUAAGAAAUCUCCCCAAAGCUCUGGCUACCCAGAUUUGCUGGGGAUAACUUUGAAGAGCUAAAGCAAUUAGUUCCUCUCCCCUCACUCUGAACGGCGCAGAGGGCUCCUUUGCAGGGUGAUGGAUAUUCAGGGCUCCAUCGCACAGCAAAUGGUGACAUCCAGAUGUGCCUCGUGCUGCCGAGUAACUGGAAAAAGCACGAGGAGCAAAAAGAAGCCGGGGAAGGACUUUGGCCACGUCCCGAAACAUCCGUGAGCUUUCCCAGUUCUCUGAGGUACGGGCUGGGUAGGAGGAAUGGGAUCUCACAGAUAAGCUGGUAAGCUAGAAUGAGAAAUAAUUAGUCACUAUAUAGUAGCUGAUUGAGCGGUAUGGUUAAGAAAUUCAGUAUAUUUUUUUUUUUAUUAUGUACAUGCUUUUGUAUUUAUGUUGUCAUUCUCGAAUAUUCAGAUGAAUCAAAUAUUUAAUUUUUAACAGAAAGGGCAAUUAAGGAUUUCCGAGUGUUAAAUCUUUCCUACGUUCCUUUCUGGCGAUCGCUGGAAAUCGGGGCGUUACUGAUGUGAGAACAAGAGACUCACCCCGGACCUGAGCAACAAACCCGGGCAAGUCAAACACACCAAGGACUUCAGCAGGAGCCUUUGCCCGGCUGCUCUUUGACCUUUUAGCAACAACGUCAGGUUCCCAGAUGGGCCCUUGAAUUGUGCUUUUCAGGUCUUUUCAGAUUUAUGAGGCUUUAAAAAGACAAGAACACCUUAACUCCAUAAACGUUUUGGUUUAUCUCGCGUUUCCUCCAGUCCGUGGAUCCUGAGAUGCACCAGUUGGCUCUCCCGACGUCCGUCACGCUGCAUCGACCUGUUCCCCCCUCGCUAAAAUGUAUGAGCAUGUUUGCAUUAGUGGUUUUAGAUUUUCUUAACCUGAGAUUGUAUGUUAACGGCCGGUGAUGUCACCUACCCGCUUGAGCUUGUUCAGCAUUAUUCACCUAUUUUGUUACUAAAGGCCUGUACUACGUAUGCCCUCUUAUUUCAUAUGUGAAACUGUAAGUUCUAUUUUUGACAUUUUAAUAAACUUUGAUUUGAAAACUGA